AUGGGCGGGCCGGCAGGCACAAGGGUCAUGUUCAAGGUAUCGAGCCAGCUGGAUCUGACGGCAUGCUCCGACUACAUGUACGCGGCAUUCGGAUCGCAAAAGUGCGAGGUUGACGUGCGCAAGACGGGCAUGUCGUGCGAGGACGGUAGCGCCUGGGUGUUCGGCAUCACGACGGUGGCGCCACAGUUCAUGCUCACCAACUGCGCGUCGCCCGCGAGCGUUCCGCUGACGCUCUAUGUGGACGACGGCAGCGACGGCAUGGCGCGCGUGGUGAGCGGCGGCACGUUUACUUAUCACCUAGAUGACGCGCAUGCGCAUGGCGGCCCGCUAUCCAGUAGUGUCGGUGCAACCGGUGACUUGGGUCAGCAGCAUGAGGACGCCAGGCACAAGACCGGGCCGAACGCCCACGUGGACGCCCACAGCACUCCGGCAACACCUACUGCCCAGCCCCAGCCUCAACAGAUGCACCAAGACCAGCAGCACCAGGAUCACCAGCAGCAACAAAACCACCCGCACCCGCACCAGCACCCGCACCCGCCGCACUUGACUGUCCGCACAUCAGACAUCGCCAGCCCGGGACAGCACCAGCACCAGCACCAGCACCAGCACCAGCACCAUGACCAACACCAGCAGCAUCAAGAAGAUCAGCUGCAUACCCACGGCAUCUCGUCGGACGCGACUACAAAUACCUACCCCUACACUCCUGUCUCUGGGGUCCCCGUCGCCGAGACACAGAUCCCAACAGACGCACCGCACAUGCAGACCGACGACGACGCCAGCAACGCCGCCGCUACUGCAUACAACCAAGCAAGCACAGAUAUGCUUGGCUCCUACAGGAGCCGGGUAUCCUUUGGAGACCACUACCGCCCGCCGAGCCUGCGCCAGAGUUCGGGCGCCUGGCCGACCUACGGUUCCCAGGAUGCAUCCGAGAGAUACGACAUCGUCCGCGAGGCGGCGCUCGCGCACUCGCAGGGUAGCAUGAUGAGGCAAAACAUCACGGUGUCGCCGAGGGCGUCGCACCACGCCGACGCGAGCUCAUCCAACUUGAUGCGCACUAGCAUCCUUGCCGCUUCGACACAAAGCCACAGCUAUGGCAGUGGUAUCUACUCGACGGGCUGGGCGGGCGCGACGCCGCCCCCGCGCAAGGCGGAGCUCGUCAUGAGGCCCGACGAGCUCAACAGCAUGGCCGACAUCAACAGCUGGACUCAGGAGGAGUGGGCCAACAAGCGGCGCAUAGUCAUGUUCACCAAGAAGCAAACCGGCUCCCAGCUCGCAGCGUACUGCAAGCCAGUGCCUGUGGGUGACCGGCCGCCCAACGCCAUCUGCAUCAGCUGCAUCUGGUGGGCCGAGAGGAAGGACUGCUUUGUCACGUCGGUGGAUGCCAUCUACCUGCUCGAGCGACUGAUCGUGCCGCCCAGGAACAACAAGUUUGACGUUGAGGAGAAGAACCGGAUCCGUCGCAACCUGGAAGGGAACAAGCCCAUCACGGUCAGCAAGAACCGCCGCGACACGGAGGAUUUCUUCAAGGUCAUUAUGGGCUUUGGCAACCCCAAGCCGCGCAACAUCGAGAAGGACAUCAAGGUAUUCUCAUGGAAGGUAUUGGAGACGGCCCUGCGGAAGAUCGUGUCCAAAUACAGCUACAGUCCUCCGUCGGUCCCCUCUGCCCACCACCUAGCCCCAGCCCCGACCCACCACCUCGUCACCCCGGUCAGCCUGCCUGCUUUGCCGGCCGUCACAUACCCCGGUCUCCCACCAACGCCAGUCUCAGCGACAACUGCCACAGAUCCCUCCAUGGCCGCAGGCUACGUCAGCAUGGCCACCGCACACGGACACCACACCCAUAUGGACCACGGCCUGCCAAGCCCACGCUCCCUGCCUCCAACCUCGUCCUGGGCCACGUCGUAUCCGACGAGCAGCACACGUACAAUCUCACCCGGGCUCGGCAAACCUCCCUCUCCUCCAGGCUCGGGUCUCCGUAUCUCGACUCUCUCGUCGACCAUCUACGACACACGAUCGCCUAGCCAUUCGGCCCGCAGCGCUGGUGGCGCCUACGGCCUACACGCAAGCCCUCACCACCACAUGAGUCACGGUGGCGCCGUGGGUACUGGCCGCUACGACCCCUAUGAUGUGUCAAUCCCAAGCUACGCCAGCACCAGCCACACAGACCCGUACGGUACACAUGCGGGUGGUCAUCAUGGCCCCUCUGUGUAUGGUACCCACGGUGGCUAUGGUGGUGACACCACUCACAGGGGUUGAAACCGCUCCUCUCCCUUUUGCUCGUUUUCAUUCACUUCUAGGGAUAUGGACUUUUGGGCUGGUCGCUAGCAAGCGCGCGCCGGUAAACUUUGGGCAAGGAUGUUUGUGCCGAUGGAAGAUACCCUGUUUGGCCAUUUGACGCCAGAUAUCAUUUCCUUUCUCUUUUUGUACUUUUCUCUGCUUCCAUUUAUUUUCUUUGCAUUUUCUCAUCAUUUUCCUUUUUCUAUUUUCGUUCCUCCUUCCUUUUCCCUGUUUCCUCUUCCCGCGCAUCUGCGCCAACCCUUCCCACACCGGAUGGCGGCUAAUCCUCCGUUGGCGAGGGCUUGAGGGAUGGCAGGAUGGGUGGGGACGUCACUGUGGGCAAGCAGCAUGGAAGAAAUGGCAAAUCAUAGACGGACGGACGCAUGGGAAAUGUGGGAGGGUAUGGAAGGGAGGAAUUCUGUUGUUUUUGGCGGGAAUGGGGGGGGGUGUUUCGAACCAGGGCUUCGAGCUCCCGUGAGCCUGUCAUUUGAGUGGGCCUCGACUCACGAGGGACCUGGGUGGGUUGUCUUCUUGGAGGGGUUGACGGGCGGUGCACAUGGCGUUAGGCAGUUUCCAUUACUUUUUCUCCUGUUUUUUUUUCUCUCUCUCCCUUUGCCUUUUUCCCCUUUCCACGUCCGCUUUUCCCCUCCUCUCCUCCUCUCCUUGUGUCCCUGGUCGCACUGCUUAUCACCGGCAUAUCCGGUUAAGGAUACCACUGGAGCGAAGUCGCGGCCGCCAUAGCAUGCACAUAGACGGUCUGGGUUGGUUUUGCUCUCCAUAGUCAUAAUCGUCAUCAGCUCAUCAUUUUUACCAGCCCGAACCCCGCCCUUUGGUUGCCAUAAUGCUAGGAGUUGGGCAGGUAGUGGAAGGAAAGGGGAAGAGACGAAAGGCGAUUGGUAUCCACACGCACGCGCGCACACUUGCCACUCGAAAUAGUUGUAACAUCAUAUCAUAUUCCACAUCUCACCUUUUCUGGUCCGCGCAAACGGCUGAGGAGGGCACGGCUAAACUAAG